UAUUGGUGUGUGAUCAGACGGAGCAACUAGCUGCGUUCUCGCAACAACUAGCAUAGUAAUUGAACCAUACACACGUGUUUGCACAAUUGAAUAUAUAUAGUUUUGGUACGACGUGUCGUAAUUUAUUUUUAGUAAAUAUUUUUUGUGAUUAAGAAAAUAUAGACAAGUAAAAAAUGGUGCAACUAAAAUUGCAGUUUUUAUUAUUAUUAAUAACUUUGGAGCAUUUUACUUUUGCUUCGCCACGAAAGAUACAUUUGUCGGUUUACUAUGAGAGCAAUUGCCCUGACAGUAAAUCCUUCAUUUUAAAUCAAUUGCUACCAGCCUUUCAUUUACUGCAUGAACAUUUGAAGCUAAGCUUCAUUCCAUUUGGAAAAUCAAGGAGCAUUAAUUACGGCGAUGAAGGGUUCGAAUGUCAGCACGGUUCAGCAGAAUGCUUAGGCAAUAUGGUACAAGACUGCAGCUUGCAUCAGAUGAAGAGUCAAAGCGACAAAAAGAAAUUGGCAUAUGUUGUGUGCGAAAUGCACACCGAGGCCGGUUCACAGGGUAGAUUUGAUUGUAUAGAGAAGUCAAAUCUAUCGACUGAGCAUGUAGAGCGCUGUGUGUCGUCGGGCGAAGGAACAAUUUUGCAGCUCGAAUCCGAAUACUUCACUAGCUUAGUAAAACCAAAUUUUAUUCCAACCGUGACAGUUAAUGGAGAAUACAACCAAGAGAUUCAGGACUACGCUCAAGUAGACCUCAUCGGCACUCUCUGCUCCAUGCUGACUGACUCUCAACCAUGUGGGCGAUAUUACAAUUACAUUGCUCUGAAGAACCUUAUGAAUAUUAGUCCAAGAAAUACGCAUUGAAUUAAUCA